AUGCCGUACGUUCAGGUAACAAGCAAUGUAUCUUCCAAUGGUAUCGAAGAGGUAAACGUCAUGGCUACAAUCUCUAAAACACUGGCCCAUGCACUUGACAAGUCCGAACAAGUCGUUAUGGUUCAUUUGGAGUUGGAUACAUUCAUGUAUUUUCAAGCUACGGACGCUCCAUGUGCCAUGAUUCACGUUAGAAGCAUUGGAAAGGUGGACAUGGACUUUAAUCCGACGACAGCAUCGGCAUUGACGGAGAUUGUGAGCAAAGAACUUCAGAUUCCUGUAGACCGCAUCUUUAUGAAUAUUGAUGAUGUUCAGCGUUCAAACUGGGCCAAGGGCGGUGUCCUUAUUCCGGAACCCAAGGCAAUGAAUGACGUCACAAUGGAGUAA